AUGUUGAUCGAAACCUCAAAGUCUAUUUCAUUCUUAAUCGUUAUUAUCACGAUUUUUUUCGCGGUUUCGGUCUCGGGAGAAUUUCGUGCCGAUUGCGGUGCAGACUUCAAUUUCACUAGAAACAGUGCAUACGAGAUAAAUCGUGAUGAAGCUUUUUCAUCCGUGAUCACCUCCGAUCCCAACAACACGUACGGCUUCUACAAUCGGUCUGUUGGUGAAGCCCCUGAUCAAGUCAACGUGAUCGCACUAUGUAGAGGUGACAUCGAACGAGAAGAUUGUCAGAGGUGCAUAAACGACUACGGUGCAAGACUACGAGAGUUUUGCCCUAACAAAAAGCAAGGAAAUAUAAUUUACGAUACGUGUAUGAUAAGGUACUCCGAUCAGAUCCUUCUGGGCAGUUCGAACAUUAUAGAUGGAUGGGAUAGUGGUGAGAGUGCAUGGAAUCCGGAAGACAGUGAAAACGCGACGGACGUCGACCAAUUUACUCAAGCGCUUGAUCGAUUGUGGGUACAACUAAGAGACGAGGCUUCAAGUGGCGGGUCUCUCCGUAAAUACGCUUCAAACGUCACCGAUGGCCCGAGGUCGACCAAGAUUUACGGGCUUAUGCAAUGUACACCGGAUAUCUCGGCAACCAGGUGUUAUAAUUGCUUGACGAAUGCAAUCAAUCGUACACGAAGUUGUUGUGAUGGAAAACGUGGGGCAAGAGUCCUAUAUCUUAGUUGCAAUAUUAGGUAUCAAGAUUACCCCUUCUUUAAUGCUACAGUGAGCCUUGCACCGCCAUCAUCGUCGCCGUUGCCCCCAUCGGCGUUGCCUCCAUCAGGCAAGCGUAAUAACACAACUAUUAUAGUCGUUGCUGUCGUUGGAACUGUUGGUCUUCUGAUACUGGCGUUCGUCUUCUUUUGUGUCUUCAUAAGAAGAAAAAGGAAGUUGGAAGAAUUGCAAUCAGAGAAUUUGGACAUGGAUCUUGACGAAAUUAUUACAGCCGAAUCGUUGCAACGUAGCUUUGGUGAUAUUAGAGCAGCCACAGAUGACUUCUCGGAGAACAAUAAGCUUGGACAAGGUGGAUUCGGUUUGGUUUAUAAGGGUAAGUUACGAAAUGGACAAGAAAUAGCAGUGAAGAGGUUGUCAAAGAAUUCGGGACAAGGCGAACUAGAAUUCAAGAACGAGGUAUUGUUACUUGCGAGGCUCCAACAUCGGAAUUUGGUCCGCCUCCUAGGGUUUAGCCUAGAAGGGUCCGAACGGCUUUUGAUGUAUGAGUUUGUACAAAAUGCAAGUCUGGACCAGUUUAUAUUCGAUCCAGUGAAGCGAGCAACUCUAGAUUGGGAAACACGAUACAAAAUAAUACAAGGUGUUGCAAGGGGACUUUUGUAUCUACACGAGGAUUCACGACUAAAAAUAAUUCAUCGAGAUAUGAAAGCUAGUAAUGUUUUACUGGAUGCCGAUAUGAACGCUAAAAUUGCAGAUUUUGGUAUGGCAAGGUUGUUCACAUCUGAAGAAACCCAAGGCAAUACCAGUCGCAUUGUUGGAACCUAUGGAUACAUGGCACCGGAGUAUGUAAUGCAUGGACAAUUUUCAGUUAAGUCGGAUGUCUUCAGUUUUGGUGUAUUGGUACUCGAAAUUGUAGCGGGUCGUAAAAACCAUAGUUUUCAAAACGAAUCGAUGAUGGAAGAUCUUCUUAGCCAUGCAUGGAAAAGCUGGAGAAAUGGAACGAGCACAAGUUUAAUUGAUCCUACACUGAAUGAUGGUUCUAAUUCCUUACGUGAUAUGAUCAGAUGCAUUCACAUAGGUCUAUUAUGUGUUCAAGAAGACGUUACAGCGAGACCAACUAUGGCUUCAGUUGUUCUCAUGCUUAGCAGCGUCUCUCUAACGCUCACGGUCCCUUCAGAACCUGCUUUUUUCAUGCGUACAUUCAUAAAUUCUGACAAACACUUUUACGAAGAGUACACUUCAAGUACAAAUGAUUCUAGAUCGUUAACAACUAAAUCCAGAUCUUCACAACGUUCUAUAGCAUCUUCAGAACGAUCAAUAACAGAUGAUGUUUCUAAGAAGGACGUAUAUCACCGGUAA